UAAAAAUGAUGGCGACCGAUGCAGAGGAGAUAAGAACGCACACAAAGCCCUUUCCCGUCCCCGACAACAGCCUCAGCGCUCUGUCCAUCAAACUCACGCGGAAAAACCAGGACAGACACUGGAGGUUGCGGUGUAUUUAUCUGCAGUGCUAUUUUUUGACCAUUGCAACCAUACUGGGAACUGGAAUCUUAGGUCUUCCGGUAACGAUAGCACAUGCAGGUCUGGUGCCUUUCCUGGCCUCCUUCCUCGUCGGCUUCUUCGUUCAGGCCAUACUUAUCUACCUUUUUGUGGAACUUCUUCAGAAAUGUCAGGUGGUCGAGCUGGAAUCUCUAAAGACGGGUGUUGCAGAGUGUAUAGUGAUGGAUCAGGUGAGUGUAGAGAAUCCAGCCCUCACAGAGGAAGAGGAAGAGGAUGAGGCUGAAAAUGCAGAAGCAGAUACAGGUCUACUCCAGCCCAGCGUGCUCGCGCUGCAUGACCAGACUGAGGGCCUCCAACCCAACCUUCAUCUGCUUGGCUGCCUCUUCCUCUCUCGACCUAUGAGCCAUGCCUUCAACUGCAUUCUCCUCUUCCAGUUCAUUUCCAUAGGAAUCAGUUACGUCUUAGCGGGCAGUGAGGCCUAUGCUGCUCUUCUUGAUAUCAGCCACAUCUAUGUGAUCCCAGUCUUCACCUUGAUUUUAAGUCUCGCCAUCUUGCUGGCCCACACAGUCAUUCAGCCAAUCACUUCGCUGCUCACCCUCCUGAAGGGAAUUCUGCUCAUCGUCACGGUGGCUGUCACAUUUGCAGUGGGGUCGGAGGUCGGCCUUCAGAGCAGCAGCGACUUCAGUCAGAUGGGGAAACCUUUCCUAAUGGGCACAGUGGCUCUGGGAGGGAUUGUUAAUGUGAUGCCGCUGCUUUUCUCCCAGAUCUCACACAACAGAACGCAGAUCCUGUGGUUUCGGAGAGCGGUGCUUGGAGGCCUGACAACCUGCACUGUGCUGAACAUCCUCUGGUGUUGGGCAGUGCUUGAGAUUGUCCCACAGACGUCAUUACCAGAGAGGAGGAUGGCAACCAACACAACAACCUCACCCACCUCAAGCAGCACCUCUGCCCGACCCACCUCAGUUCAUCCCCAGCUCUUCUCCAACAUCUCACUAGAGAACUCUGAAAAAGCAGGAGAGAUUGCAACCAUCCCACUGACAAAGAUUAUUAAUGAACAUUACAGGGCAUUCUCCUGGGUGGCUGAGCUGAUUCAGGUGUUUAUAGCCAUCAGCGUCACCGUCUCCUUCCUGGUGAUGGGAUCUGCCAUGAAGCACACUCUCGACGGUCUGGUGAGUUCACUGUGGAGCAGCAGACUGGAGUGGAUGUCUAAGGCUUGGGAACGAAAUUUGCCGAACAAACAUCACGUCUGCUCAGCAAGAAGUGUGAUGAAAGGGCUGGUGUCCCUCAUUGGAUUUGCUGUCAUCUUCAUCGUGUCAAUGUGUGAUCCCAGGGGUUUUGUUGUCAUGUUGGACAAAGUGGUGUCAUUUUCCCUCAACACUGAGGUUGGACUGUUUGUAUUCAUCAUGCUGAGAGAAUCCAGAGAGGACAGAUUCAGGCAUUUUGCUGUCCCUUUACCCGUGGGCGACUGUGUGUUCAGCCUCACUUGGCUGCUGCCCACCUACUUCCUGUUUGCAGUAACUUACGAUGUCCUGCAGACUCUGGCAGACGUGGCUCAUUACCUGAAUUUGUACAACCACGAUCAGGAGCCACACACCCAUAACUGGACUGGGAGCUUCACAGCAACUAACCUGUCCACUCUGACCUGAUCACAAAUAUCUACACAUCUACACAAUACAUCCGCACAUCUACACACCACAUCUACACACUACAUCCGCACA